AUGCGUUUCCUCCUUCCCCUCGUCUCCCCCCUCGUCCUCCUCUGCGCCACCACCACCUCCGCCUCGUCAGACUCGUCGUCCUCGUCCUCGACCCCACCCGCCGACGAGCCCACCCCCGUCGGCGCCCUGUGGACGGCAACAUGGAACGACACGACGCUCGCGCCGUACACGCAGCACUGCCGCUCCUCGUCGAGCUACACUGCUAAAAUCUACAAACUCAACCAACUCUACCCCGACCUGGCCGAGCAAGCCCCUCAACUCAAAGUCUUCUACAACAAGCAACUCUACGCCGGCUCCUGGGACGGCAUCGACGUGCACGGCGUGGGCCGCGAGCUCAUCGCCAUGCACAUGACCGACGUGCCUUACAAAGUGCGCGAAUGGCUCAAGAAAGAGACUCUGCAGCGUCACUUUAGCGUGCAGGAUGACUUGGUGUUUUUUGCGCCCGGUGCCAUUUAUCCUUUGCUUCCGCUUUGGGUCGAGGAUGCAGACGACGACCAGGGGAGCGAGUGCGAGGGCGUGUUUGAGGGGCUCGAGAGGUAUAGUAAUGAGCUUGGCCAUGGCAAGGUCGUUGGCAAGGUUAGGCAUGAGAGUUUGGGGGACAAGGAGGUUAGGUUUACGGUUGAGGCCAUGGUGGUGAAGGCGAGGGAGGCGAGGGAUGAGUUGUAG